AUGGAUGAACCUUCUUCUUCUUCUUCAUCUUUCUCUUUUUCAUCUUCCAUACUUCUCAGCCGCAGCCCGGCCAUUGAUCGCCACAAUCCCAUCAUCACCGAUUCCAGACGAUCACUCCCAUCACCCACUCAUAUCCCGCCACGUGUCACCACCAAACCACACCACCACAAGAAGAAGAACAAGAAUAUCAAUACCAUUACUAUUACUACUCCUCCAACUAAUAAUAAUAAAGAAAAAAUUAUCCCGACAAAGGAAAACGAAAAACGGGCCGACAAAAGUGCUAGAAAGCCCGAUGUCGGAAAGAACGUGAGGAUUAGCCCGUCUAGCUCGACAAGGUACUUGCUGAACGAAAGCGUGUUGUUUGAAGACUUGUCGAAUUUCGGUUCGGCCCGGAAGAUAUUUUCGACCGAAAAGCCAAAGGAUGAUGAUGUGAAGGUAGUUGUUUUGAGAGUGUCUUUGCAUUGCAGAGGGUGUGAGAGGAAAAUGAGAAAGCACUUAUCAAGAAUGCAAGGCGUGACGUCGUUUGACAUAGACUUUACGGCAAAAAAGGUGACGGUGGCCGGGAAUAUAACUCCAUUGGAGGUGUUUUCGAGCAUAUCUAAGGUUAAAUAUGCCCAGCUUUGGUCUCCAAACCUGACAUCAUCAUCAACAUCAUCAUCACCAAUCAAUCUCAAUCUCAUGAGUAACUCAGAGUUCAAGAAUGUGUUCAAAGGAUCUUCAUCUGUUGGUUAA